AUAAAACCCUAGACCUUGAUGUAGUAACAGAUCUUCGCUUAAACAAUCUACCGUCACCUGUAUAUCUAACGGCCUAGUUUCCGCACUCGCGCUUAUCACUGUCCUCCUUCCUUCCCCACUCGCAGGCUCUUCUCUGAUUCUCUCCUAACAUGGAUGAAACCGUGGUCGAUCUUCCUUGUUAUUUACUCUGAGUCCGAUCCUUAUAUCGCCGUCUAAAUUAUCAUCAGCAAGUGCCAACUCCAUGGUUCACAAUACAUGCUGAUAUUUUCUAUUUUCUUCCCUUUAUAAAAAUUUGAGUAAUGAGUUGCCAUAAUCCUCAUGAAAUAGACUUUUUGUAGCUUUAGCGAGAAACCUGUUCAUACUUUAACCAUUUUUAGCUGAUUAGGCGCUUAAAGUUUCAGGCUUUGUGCAGUUACUGUGUAUAUUUUUUCACCCACUAAGCUAAGUUCUAUCUAAUAAUCACCGAUGAGUUCGGGUUCUGACACUAGUUACUCAAAGAUGAUAUCAGAUGUAGCGAUUCGAUCGAUUUUCAAUACCCCUGAUUAUGGCGAAGAUUUGAGCAUGCUGAUUCGCCAACAGAGGCGACAGCAGCUGCAGCAAGAAGCGAGUGAACGUGAGAGGGAACUCAAUAUGUACCGAAGUGGGUCGGCGCCGCCCACCGUCGAAGGCUCGCUUUCUGCUGUUGAUGCUUUGUUCGACGCUUCGAAGGCGGCAUCGGGAUUCGGCAAAAGCGGCGGAGGCAGGGGUUUCACGAGCGAAGAGGAGCUUCGUGCUGAUCCGGCGUAUGCAAAUUAUUACUAUUCAAACGCUAAUCCCAACCCGCGUUUGCCGCCUCCAUUGGUGUCAAAAGAGGACUGGCGUUUCACACAGCGGUUGAGUAGUGGGAUUGGGGACAGGAGAAAUGGAGAUGGCUCGCUUUUCUCCGUUCAGUUUACGGGUUUUGAUGGGAAGGAGGAUAGUGGAGUGAAUGAAAGAAAGAGUGCUGCGGAGUGGGGCGGCAAUGGGUUGAUCGGGAUGCCGCCGGUGGGACUUGGGAGUAGGCAAAGGAGUAUUGCAGAAUUAAUUCAAGAUGAGAUAAAUGGUGCAUCAUCUUUAUCUAAUCAUCGUCAAACUAGCUAUGAUGUAUUGAUACAUUGUGAAAACUCAGAAAGUCAUUUUUCUCAUCUGGAACAAGAAUUGUCAACUGUAGAUCCUUUACACUCUGCUGGGAAUAAAGCGGGCAUGCCUGCUGCUCAGAAUCUUGGUGGACCAGCUUCCCAAACCUAUGCUUCUGCUUUAGGAGCUUCCUUAUCCAGGAGCACUACACCUGACUCUCAACUUUUAGGUAGAGCUCCUAGUCCUUGCCUUCCACCCAUUGGGGAUGGGAGGUCUAACUCUUUUGAUAAAAGAUGUUCUAGUGGUCAAAAUUCAUUCAACGCUGUCUCUUCUAGUUUAAAUGAGCCUGCAGAUUUGGUUUCUGCUUUGGCUGGCUUGAAUCUGUCCCCAAAUGGUAUUGUAGAUGAUGAGAAACAUCCCAGCGGACACAAGGAAUCUGAGCAUACUCAUAAUAUCAAACACCAUUCAUACCUCAACAAGCCUGAACCUCUACCUUAUCAGCUGCACUCUGCUUCCCAAUUGACAAAAGCAUCUCAUUUGAAAGUGAACAAUAGCAGUGGUUUCAGAUUGGAUCUCUAUAACUCUUCAGCAAAUGCAAAUGAGCAGUUAGAACUUCAUAACUCUGCUGGGAUUUCUGUUAAUUCAUACUUAAAAGGACCUUCUGCACCAACUCUUGCUGGCAGAGGAAACUUGCAUGCUAAUUAUCAGAAUGUGGAUGGUAGAAGUAUCUCAUACCAAAAUUAUGGGCUGAGUGGUUAUGCUGUGAAUCCUUCUUCACCACCACUGAUGGCUAGUCAGCUUGGUAGUGGUAAUUUGCCUCCUUUCUUUGAAAAUGCCGCUGCCACGUUAGGAGUGAAUAACAUGGAUUCUGGAGCCUUGGGAGGAGGUGUGGCUUUAGGACAAAAUUUAUUGUCAGCAUCGGAGUUACAAAAUGCAAGCAGGAUGGGAAAUCAUGCCGCUGGUGCCUCUAAUCCCUUGAUGGACCCUUUGUAUCUUCAAUACCUAAGAUCAAGUGAAGUUGCUGCUGCACAAGUUGCAGCCCUUAAUGACCAAGCAAUGAAUAGGGAAUCUUCAAAUAAUUCAUUUGCAGAUUUGCUUGGCCUCCAAAAAGCUUAUGUAGAGUCAUUGAUUGCUCCUGAAAAAUCACAGUUUUCUGUUCCUUACCUUAACAAGUCCCCUAGCCUGAACCACCCUUAUUUUGGAAAUCCAACAUUUGGUGUGGGAAUGUCAUAUCCUGGGAGCCCAUUGGCGGGUUCCUUCUAUCCAAACUCACCUCUUGGAUCAAGUAGUCCUAUAAGGCAAAGUGAGCGGGGCAUGCGUUUAUCUGGGAUGAGGAAUGGGGCUGGGGGUUUCAUGGGAGCUUGGCAUCCAGAGUCUGUUGGUAACUUGGAUGAGAAUUUUGCAUCGUCCUUGUUGGACGAGUUCAAAAGUAAUAAAACCAAGUGUUUUGAGCUUUCAGAAAUUGCUGGCCAUGUUGUUGAGUUCAGUGCUGAUCAAUAUGGAAGCCGAUUUAUCCAACAAAAACUUGAGACAGCCUCAAUGGAAGAGAAAAAUAUGGUUUUCAAUGAAAUCAUGCCACAAGCAUUGUCUCUAAUGACUGAUGUCUUUGGUAAUUAUGUAAUUCAGAAGUUUUUUGAGCAUGGAACAUCAACGCAAAUCAGAGAACUAGCGAAGCAACUUACUGGUCAUGUUCUUACCCUAAGUCUUCAAAUGUAUGGAUGCCGAGUUAUCCAAAAGGCUAUAGAAGUUGUUGAUCUGGAUCAGCAAACUAAAAUGGUAAAAGAGCUGGAUGGUCAUAUCAUGCGCUGUGUACGUGAUCAAAAUGGAAACCAUGUAAUCCAAAAGUGUAUUGAAUGUGUACCUGAAGAUGCGAUCCAAUUUAUUGUUUCUACUUUUUAUGACCAAGUUGUGACAUUGUCAACUCAUCCAUAUGGUUGCCGUGUGAUACAGAGAGUGCUAGAGCACUGCCGUGAUCCCAAAACACAGCAGAUAAUGAUGGAUGAGAUUUUGCAGUCUGUUUGCAUGUUAGCACAAGACCAAUAUGGGAAUUAUGUUGUACAGCAUGUGCUGGAGCAUGGGAAGCCACAUGAACGCUCAGCUAUUGUAAAUCAAUUAACUGGGCAAAUUGUGCAGAUGAGCCAGCAGAAGUUUGCCUCUAAUGUGAUAGAAAAGUGUCUAACUUUUGGAACACCAACAGAACGUCAGGUCCUUGUAAAUGAGAUGCUCGGUUCCACCGACGAAAAUGAGCCCCUGCAGGUUAUGAUGAAAGAUCAGUUCGCGAACUAUGUUGUUCAGAAAGUGCUGGAAACUUGUGAUGACCAGCAACUUGAGCUCAUCCUUAAUCGGAUAAAGGUCCACCUGAACGCGUUGAAGAAGUAUACAUAUGGGAAGCACAUAGUUGCACGUGUAGAGAAACUGGUUGCUGCUGGAGAACGGAGGAUUAGUCUGACUCUCAAUCCUGCACAGACGGCGGUAUAGGACAUGAAAGCUACUGUAUGGCUAACUGAGCAUAUUACAAGCUCUCUCUCUCUCUCUCUCUCUCUCUCUCUCUCUCUCGUUACUUUUACAUGCCCGGCAGCGGUGGCCGUCUGUUGAUUCUGACGGAUGGCGUUGGUCGGGAAUAAGGAAUCUGCCUUGUACUUGAAAUGUACAUUUGUUAGUUUGAGGUUUAUAUAUAUAGCUAGAAUCAGAAUCAGGUUUAGCUGAGGCUGGGGCUGUGAAUGAGGACGCCUGAUGCCCAAGAAGAGAUAAAAUUAUGCACAAGCUUUUUAUCAAGUUGUAAAGGCAUGUAGUUCUUUUUUACUUCACGAUUGUGACUGUAAAGAAAAAAAUGUUAACGCGUUUGAGUGAGACCCACAAUUUUUGUGGUGCUAUGAGAUUUCAAAUUUCUCAUUUUU